AUGGAAUCCUCAAACAAGACAUCUGUGACCAACUUCAUCUUACUCGGCCUCUCAGAUGUCCCACAUCUCCAAGCCAUAUGCUUCCUACUGUUCUUACUAAUCUACACGAUAACACUUUUAGGAAACUUUCUGAUCAUUGUAGUAGUGGGAUUCGCAAAACUAUGCAGCCCUAUGUACUUUUUCUUGAGUAAUUUGUCCUGUGUUGACAUUUGUUUGUCUUCUACUGUAGUUCCUAGAAUACUUGUUAGUACUUUAUCUCAUGACACAAGUAUUUCAUUCUUGGGUUGUGCUGCCCAGGAGUACUUCCUCGCAGCCCUGGGAGCAACGGAGUGCAUGAUACUGGCCAUAAUGGCAUAUGAUCGAUACACAGCCAUCUGUCAUCCUCUACAUUACAACACAAUCAUGAACAAAACCUUCUGCAUUUAUCUGACUUUGGGCUCUUGGACCGUGAGUUUCCUUAAUUCUGUUAUUCAUGCAUUCUUGACAUUCAAACUUCCUUUUUGCAGGUCGAACAAGAUCAAUCAUUUUUUCUGUGAGAUGCCUCCAUUAUUCCGUCUUUCCUGCAAAGAAACAUUGUUCAAUGAGAUACUGAUGUAUAUUGCAGCUGGGCUCAUGGCUCUUUCCUCUUUUAUUCUCACGCUCAUCUCUUAUAUACACAUUAUCUCUUCAAUACUCAAAAUCAAGUCCACCAGAAGAAGAGAAAAGACUUUUUAUACAUGCGCAUCUCAUCUUAUUGUAGUAAUGCUGUUUUAUGGAAACAUUCUCAUUGUUUACAUGCAACCCCAUUCCACGUUCUUCCCUAAAAGAGACAGGGCAGUAUCCAUAUUUUAUACGGCAGUAACACCUAUGCUUAAUCCUAUAAUUUAUAGCAUUAGAAAUCAGGUUUUUCUAGGAGCUUUAAGGAAGUUAGUCAAUAAAAAAAUGUUUCUUUCUAGGCUUUUAAAAAUAGCCAUUACCUAA